UCUACAGUCGAGUCACUCGUUUUUCUCACAUAUUUGCUGUCGACAAUUUUUGGUGGUUGGAAUAAUAUAGAUUUUUUCAUAUAUUUUCCGAAUAAUUUACAACCGCUAUAUAAUAUAUUAAUUUUUUAAUUACAACCGCACUAGUUAAAUAUGGCUGCUUUAUUGUCUCGGACGGGUAUUUUGAAUGAAAUCGUAAACCCAAAGGUUGGGCAAAAGAUUCUUGCGCUUGCCACCAGUGGAAGUCUGCAGAAAAGGAACCUUAAUGUUCAAGAACAUGUUUCAUACACUUUACUUAAUGAAGCCGGUAUCCCAACUCCAAAGUUUGGCGUAGCGAAGUCUGGUCAAGAAGCCAAAGAAAUUGCCCAAAAACUCGAUACGAAUAAUCUUGUGUUGAAAGCGCAAGUUUUAGCUGGUGGACGUGGAAAAGGUCAUUUUAAGAAUGGCUUAAAGGGUGGUGUACGCGUUGUAAAUACACCUACCGAAGCUCAAGAAAUUGGCAGCAAGAUGGUAAAUCAACUUUUAGUAACCAAGCAAACUGGCGCUGCUGGCCGCAUAUGUAAUUCUGUUAUGGUUGCGGAGCGAAAAUUCCCACGCCGCGAAUUCUAUUUUGCCGUUAUGAUGGAGCGAGCCUUUAAUGGUCCAGUUAUCAUUGCUUCGUCUCAAGGUGGUGUUAAUAUUGAGGAAGUAGCUGCCGAAAACCCUGAUGCUAUUGUUUAUGAACCAAUUGAUAUUAAAGUUGGACUGACACCUGAUCAAGCAGCUAAAGUGGUGAAUUCUGUUGGUUUGGGCGAAUUCCAAGAGGAAACCGUAAAAAUGCUAAUGAACAUGUAUCAGCUGUUCGUAAAGAAGGACGCUUUACUCAUUGAAAUUAAUCCAUAUGCAGAGGAUGCUCUCGAAGGCUUCUUCGCAUUGGAUGCUAAAUUCCGUUUUGAUGAUAAUGCAGAAUUUCGUCAGAAGGAAUUGUUUGCAUUGCGUGACUGGACUCAAGAAGACCCCAAAGAAGUGGAGGCAGCUAAAUUCGAUCUGAACUACAUUGCUUUAGACGGCACUAUCGGCUGCAUGGUGAACGGCGCUGGUUUAGCCAUGGCCACCAUGGAUAUUAUUAAACUCUACGGCGGAGAUCCAGCUAAUUUCCUUGAUGUCGGUGGCGGCGCAACCGCACAAGCUGUGAAGGAAGCCUUCAAGAUUAUUACUGCCGACCCGAAAGUUCACUGUAUUCUAGUAAACAUUUUCGGUGGUAUUAUGCGUUGUGAUGUUAUCGCCGAGGGCAUUAUUGCAGCUGCCAAAGAUUUGAACAUGAAAAUGCCUAUUGUAGUUAGACUGCAGGGCACAAAUGUGAACGAGGCACGAGAAUUGAUUCGUCAAUCCGGUUUGAGGAUUAUUCCCCGUCACGAUUUGGACGAAGCUGCCAAUUUAUCUGUGCAUUUGGCUCAAAUUGUCCAUUUAGCGCGAGAAAUGAACAUGGAUGUUAGCUUCGAGAUCCCAGACAGUGUGAAGUAGAUAUUCCAGAUUCUCGAAUUAAAAGUAGUUCAACAUUAGCAACACAUACACGUCGAAAACAAAACAACAUAAUUAUAUACGAAGUAUAAAAAACACCAGACGAUCUGAAAUUAAGAUUGGCCUUUUAGGAUUUGCAAAAAUUGUUAAAUGAUUUUAAGUAAAAGGUUGCAAAUAUUUUAAAUGUACAAUAUUUGUUAUUAAAGUUGAAAUUUUACCUAAUUGUGGCGCAAUUUUUGCAAAUUAUUAUGUUAACCGCUUUUCUUAUAAUUUCUUUUAUCUUUUAUUCUCAUUCGUGCGUAGUUGUAGUGGCCACUAAGCAACUUCUAGUAUAUUUGUGUUAAAAUCUCUAUUUUAUAUUAUUAUUUUUUAUUUCUUCUAAUUUUAAAAUAAUUUAUUGUAACUACACAUAGAUAAAAGCACAUUGUUGAACAAUUAAAUUGUAUGAAAAACAGCUGUUUUAAACAGAAAUCUUUACACUAUUUUUUUCACCAAAAAUUAACCUGUUAAUAGAAUCAAACUAAUUAUAUAUUCCAAUUCAAAAUUAGCAAAAAGCCUGGCCCAAAAAGUGGUAGUGAUGGAGGUGGCAGUCCCAUUUGCAAACCCAAGAAAAAAGUCACUUGUGACAAAAAACCGAAAUGAAUUAAGUAAUUUCUACGGAAUAUUCGUUUAUUUUUUCAAAAUUUUAUGUAUUCGUUUGCACAUUAUACGAAAAGCAAUUUAUUAAACAAGUUUUCGGCUCCAUAAAAACGAA